GAGACCUGGAGAAGCGCGCGCACACGGUUCACCACAGCCGAGCAUGGAAGCUGCAGCAGCACGCGCCACUUUCAAGCCACUGCAGGGAGAGCUCAAGAUGCAGCGUCAGGGCUAGAGGCAGCGGCCGUCUGAGCGCGAGGCAGUGGGGAAGCCACUCUAGAUGAGCCAGCCACAGGCACCCAGCCGCACUGUACAGGAAUAAGGACUUAAUAUGUCAACAGAGGCCGAGCUCCAGCCUGCUGCCAGACCCAGCGUCAGAAAGGAUUCCAAGAGGAGAGGGCAGGACCGCAGUGAGGCCGCUCUGAUAAAGCGCUUUAAGGGCGAUGGUGUGCGCUACAAGGCCAAGCUCAUCGGCAUUGAUGAGGUCACCGCCGCAAGAGGAGACAAACUCUGUCAGGACUCGAUGAUGAAGCUGAAGGGAAUCGCAGCCUCGGCGCGCUCUAAAGGAGAACACAAGCAGAAAGUCUUUCUCACCGUCUCCUUCGGCGGGAUCAAGAUUUUCGAUGAGAAGUCAGGGGUUCUUCAGCACCACCAUGCAGUUCAUGAGAUUUCCUACAUUGCCAAGGACAUCACGGACCACCGGGCCUUUGGCUAUGUGUGUGGGAAAGAGGGCAACCACCGGUUUGUGGCCAUCAAGACGGCUCAAUCUGCUGAGCCAGUGAUCCUUGACCUCCGUGACCUUUUCCAGCUGAUCUAUGAGAUCAAGCAGAGGGAAGAGAUCGAGAAAAAGGCCCAGAAAGACAAGCAGUGUGAACAAGCGGUGUACCAGACCAUUCUGGAAGAAGACGUGGAGGAUCCGGUGUACCAGUACAUUGUGUUUGAGGCGGGACACGAGCCCAUCCGUGACCAAUCAGAGGAGAGCAUUUAUCAGGUCCCUACCAGCCAACAAAAGGAGGGAGUGUAUGACGUCCCAAAGCGACAUCCAAAUGGACAUAAUGGCCAGACCAAUCUUCUGGACCUAGAUGCUGAACUAGAGCUGGUCCCCCAGAAUAUCAACCAGUUAGAGCUUUUUGGAGACAUGUCUACUCCUCCCGACAUCACCUCUCCUUCAACCCCAGCCUCUCCAGCCAACACACUGGACCCAACGCUGGCCCACCAGCCGCCCUCAGAACUGUUCACCCCAUUCAACCCCGCUUCCGUGCCCUCAGGUUACGUGACGAUGGGAGCAGUGCCCCCAGCCUGGGCGCAGCAGCAGUUUGCGGCUCAGACGCCACUAGCGUUCGGGGUGCAGUCACCGGUGCCCAUGGCUCAGGUCCUGCCAGGAGGUCAGCCUCUGAUCUGGGGUCAGGCCAACUUGUUCCCAGCUACGCAGCAGCAGUGGGCAGCCAUGGCUGGGGCCCACUUCUCGCCCGCUGCCUUCAUGCCAGCCCAGACGGUUGGGCCACUGCCGGCCGCCAUGUUCCAGACACUGGCGCCCAUGCAGGUGGCAGCGGCUGCGGCGGCCUCUUGUGAGGCGCCCGUAGUGGCCGUGGCUGGGGCAGGGGUGGGGCCGGUACCAGGGACGUCGGCUUCUACCGCUUCCAGCCCGCAACAUGGCGAGCGCUCGCUGCCCCGGCAGGCCAAGAUGAGCAAGGAGAUGUUCAAAGACUUCCAGAUGGCCAAGCCGCCGGCCGUGCCGACGCGCAAGAGCGAGCAGCCCAGCCUGGUCUGCACCACAGACGCCUUCACCAGCUACUUUAGCCGUGUGGGCAUGGCGCAAGACAAUGACGACUGCGACGACUUCGACAUCUCCCAGAUGAACCUGACACCCGUCACCUCCACCACGCCCUCCACCAACUCACCGCCCACCCCGGCUCCUCGGCAGAGCUCCCCCUCAAAGUCCUCGUCCCAGGCCAGUGACCCCCCAACCGACGACUCGUUCGGGGAGGCGGAGGGCAGUCCCAGCCGGAGCGGAGAGGAGGACGCUGCUGGAGACGCUCAGUCUCCGUGUGUGAGUGAGCCUCAGGCAGAGUGUGGUGGCUCUGAGCCGGACAGUCCUCAGGUCGGUAGCUAGAUAGCAGCAGGUCAGGGGGGAAGGACCCUCUCUAUGCCCAGAUCAACAAAGGGAAGAAGUGAAGGAUUAUGGGAAUUCUGCACACAACUGAACAGUGCUGGGGGGAUCAGAAGACCAAACACAAGGGUUGAGCGCCCUGGUGUGCGUGUGUGUGUGUGUGUGUGUGUGUGUGAGCAUGAGAAAGAAAGUGAGAGAGAGGGGAAAAAAACAGAAUGUAAGAAGAUUGAAAGUUGAUGAUGGAGUGUGUACGUGUGUGAGCUUUGUGUGCAUGUGUGUGUGGAUGGUCUUUGGAGCUCAGCUGUGAAGGUCACCCCAGCCUCCAUGGUCCUUCUCUCCAAGCAGCCAUCUUCUCCAGCUGCGGCCAAACCUGGAGAGGCUUAACCCAGCCUUCAGUAUCCCCGCCCCCUUCUGGACUGCACUCUCUCUCUCUCUGGAGGAACCACCGACCAGACGCUUUUAUCUCCUUCUCUCCUUCCAUUUCUCUCCUCCUCAGGAGGAACUGACUCUUCUCUGUCUCAGCCACACUGUGUUUCCUGCACUCAUGGACUGGCAGUGGGAUAAUAAGACACAGUUGAUGUAAUGAUAAUGAUGACGAUGAUGAUUCAACUCUUCACCCCUCACAGCCUUACUAGCCCUGUUCUGCAGCCUUUCUCUUUUUUCUCGCCUUUGUGCAUCUCUCUUCUGCUCUCUCUUUCUGUCUGACCUUCUUACUCACUUUCCCUUUCAUACCGUCUCUCCAGUGAGACUGUGUAGUAUGAGUGGAAUCUUGGAGAGGUGCCUCAUUCCAGUGUACGUACACACACACACGCACGCACACACACCCACCCACCCAAGUGAGAGUUCAAGAAAUCACUGCUUCAUGAUCCAGCAGAAUCCCAGGCUCCGCACUGUCAUCCCCUUUGUGUAGUCCAAGCCAGAGCAAUCGAUUACAAAGUAAUCCAUUCGGAUCCAUUUACGGGAUUAUGUGAUUCAUCCAUUUGGGUUUGUUUGGUUUUCUUCCCCCAUCUAUUUGAGAUUCUGCUGCUAGAGAGCUAUGCAGAAAUAAAAAAGAGACUUCGUCUCUCUCUGUGGACCCUUCAGAAAGAGACCAGACUCAAGGAGUGACUUUGCCAAAAUCUCUCUUUUGUGGGAAAGACUUCCGAGCAGCUCAUUCAGACGGAGAGGACUUUGCAAAGGCAUGGACGUUGCAAAAAAAAAAAA